AUGCCUGCGCCCUCUGUGACUUCGAGCCCUUCGUACGCUCGCUCGAUGCCGGGCGCUGAUCAAUCUUUCUCCUUCCACGCACCGCAGCAACCUGCAUCUUACAAAGCAUACCUCGCCGUGCCGCUCGGUCGUCUCAUCAGCGCUAUGAACCGUGCCGACGCGCGUGCAUCGUUCCUCAGCACGCCACCUGCCAACGCUUUUCGGACCGGUGUCUACGAGGUGGUCAGUCAGAAUUGGUGGACCAGCACGCUCGGUCACGUCGAGCAGAAGGAGAGCGCUCGCACGCUCCGGAAUCGCUUGCAACGAGAUGAGCUGGCGGUGGGCAGAGCGUGGCUCCAGCAGUGCGAGCAGAGCGUUCAACCGGCCCCCUGCCUGCCAGUCUUUGGCGAGACCAUCCUCGGAGCCGCUGUGUACAAGGCUAUCGUCGAUCACGGCCGUAACGAAGCCGACACGAUGCGCGAGCUCGGCGAGGUGUAUGGAGCGCUGUUGCAGAGCGUUGCGAUGACCAACCACAUAGUCGAAGCGUCUGCCGGCUUCGCUUUCUUCAACGGCGAGCCAGUUUCAACCUACCAGAAGUAUGUGCUACUGCACGUCGAAGCUAUCUUCAGCAUCCUCGACCAUAGCCGCCAUUUCCACAUGUUCGAACCAGCCGACCUCGCCCGCAAAUUUCGCAGCGGCGUCAUGAUCACGCUACCCGAGCGCGAUUGGGACAGCCUGGACCUGGCCGCCAGUUAUGGAAUCCGCCAGCGAGUGGAGGGAGACCGCGCCAGGGUCGCCGCCGCCGUACAGCCCGAAGCGGCGAAGCCCCAGGAUAUCUUCACGGCUUUAUUGGGUACGGCUGUGUGUAACGUCUUCCCGGUGAACAGCGAAGGAAACGUCCGCAUGCUUGGCGAGGUGUACGGAGCCCUCCUGAAGAGCAUCGCUUUCCCGGGCUGUGUCAUUCACGCGCCCGGCGGCUUCUCCUACCAUGCCGGCCAGCCAACGUCGACUUCGCACGAACUCGCGCACCGCCAGCCGACUGCCGCUCAGGCGUCAGUCUUUUACCCACUCUCGAGGAGGCAGUCGGGCCAGAGAUGGUAG